UUGUGCUGCCGCCUCAAACCCGUCGCGCAUCAAUUGCGAAACGCUUUGGCGGGAUAUCACAACCGUGAUCGUUUUCUUUGACGGCCGCCUGCCGACCUCACACCACUGCCGCGACCGUGUGCUCAUACCAAAGCGAUAAUCAUGUCAUCCGGAUUUGUGUCCGCAGGAACGGACCAGGACCCGGUCCAGCGCGAUGAUGAAUGGCAUCGCGUGCAGCAGGAGCUCGAGGCCGAGCGAAGGCGCAAAGCCGAGCUAGGGAGACAGGAAGAUGGCAAGAGUCUAUACGAAGUCCUCCAGCAGAACAAAAUGGCCAAGCAGGAAGCUUUCGAAGAGAAGAUGAAAUUAAAGAACCAAUUCCGUUCGCUGGACGAAGACGAGGUCGACUUUCUCGACUCCAUCAUGGAAUCCACCCGGGCCAAGGAAGCCGCGGUCAAAAAGGAGACUGCCGAGCAGCUGGAGGUAUUCCGUCGACAGCGAGAAGAGGCCGAAAAAGUCCUGCUCGAGGAUACAACAGCAGACGUCACACCCGCCGCCGAAGGCGAAGACUGGAAAAUCCCCGCGCGCAAGAGACGCCGAGAGAAGAGCAAGGAUCUCCUCAUUCCCGGCAAGAAACGCAAGUCUCUGGGCGGUGACGCGACGCCGGAUCACAUCGCGGACAAGGAUUCCGGAAAAGCCAAUAAUGGUGUCCAGAAGAGCAACUCCGAGCCUACCCCAAAGAAGCCUGAGGAACCAAAACAACCAGCGACUUUGCCUGGCGCAAACAAGCCCGCAACCCCUCCGCAGACGAUCCCGGAUCAGCCUGCAUCGAAACCAGCAGCGAAACCGUCUUCGCUGUCACUUGGUCUAGGGGACUACGGCUCCGAUUCGGAAUAAGUGUAGAAGAGACUGUACAAUACUGUGCUCAUAUCUACGAUCAUCACUGCCUGCCGUUUAUAUUGCAGAGUACUGAUGCGGUAUUAUAGCAUGUCAAAAGCUUGUAACGAGUUUGCCGAGACUCCAGGGAAAUCUAGAUUACAUAUGUGCCGAAAUACUCGAGGAAGGCUUUGGUCACUAGAAUGGAUAGGUGACCUCCAUCUCAUAUAUGUGUUUAAUAAAAAUACCGGAUUUUAAUGUCAGAUGUAAAGUUUUG